GAUCGCACCAGGGUGGCGCCAGGCCUGAUCUAUAUAAAGCAGGUCGCCCGUCCAAUACCUGGUCCCCGAGGGAGCUGUGCUGUUUCAUCUGCCUUUCCCUCCCGGGAGAUUUCCUUGUAUAUGAACCUGGCCGGCUUCUCCUUUUUCUCGGGUAUAUGCACCAUGACAGCGGACUCCCUCCACUCGCCUAGUCAGGGAGCUAGCCCGGGCUCCCCCACUUUGCAGAGGGCCUCCCCGUCGGGCUGCAAAGUGGAACCGCUGCUCAUCAAAGCGGAGCCCAGAGGCAGCCCGGCAGAGAGAGCAGCGGAGCAGCCGGUGGAGGAGCAGCCACCUGGCCCUGGCGCAGGUGGUGGCGCGGGAGGCGGCGGCGGCCGUCGGAGGAAGCGCCCGGUGCAGCGCGGCAAGCCGCCGUAUUCCUACAUCGCGCUGAUCGCCAUGGCCAUCGCCAACGCGCCCGAUCGGCGGCUGACGCUGGGCGGCAUCUACAAGUUCAUCACGGAGCGCUUCCCUUUCUACCGGGAGAACCCCAAGAAGUGGCAGAACUCCAUCCGCCACAACCUGACCCUCAACGACUGCUUCGUCAAGAUCCCCCGCGAGCCGGGCCACCCGGGCAAGGGAAACUACUGGACGCUGGACCCGGCCGCCGAGGACAUGUUCGACAACGGCAGCUUCCUCCGGCGCAGGAAGCGCUUCAAGCGCACCGACCUCACCACCUACCCGGGCUACGUGCACAGCGCCAGCGCCUUCACCCCCAACCCGGGCCCCGUGGCCCGAGCGGGGCCCGGCUGCGGAGGCUCCGGAGGCGCCGCUUACCCGGGCGGCGGGGGCGCCCUCUACUCCCCCGGCGGCGCCGCCGCCUACAGCGCGCAGCUGCCCGGCCUGCCGCAGUACCCGGGGGCGCCCCCGGCGCUGCCGCCGCGGAUGUUCAGCAUCGACAGCCUCAUUAGCUCCCAGCAGCAGCAGCAGCAGCAGCAGCAAGCAGCCGCGGCGGCGGCCCUGCAAGGCUCCCCGGUGGGGCCCGAGCUGGCUCACCACCCCUUGGGCCUCAACGGCGCCGGGGACCUGGGCAGCUGCCCCGGGAGCAAUGCCGAAGCCUGCUUCCAGACGCAGCAGGUCAGCCCCGGCUUCCUGGGCCGGCAGCCCCCGGCCAUGGCCUACCCGUACUCGACCUCGCCGCCCGCCCACCUGGCCUUGCCGCCCGGCGCCUAUUCGCCUCCCAGCGCGCAGCUCUACGGCGCCCCCAACAGGCUGGCCCUGCAGCCCGGGCGGCCCGCCGCCUCUUCUUGCGCCGACCACGCCGAGCAGCUUUUGGGCUUGGCGGCCUCGCAGCUCAACGGGCUGGGGCAGUUCGGAGGCGCCGCCAACAACUCAUACAUGAGGCAGCCCAAUUUCCACUCCGGCCUGGAAAGGUACUUGUGAAGCCGAGGAGGGAAGCCGGCCUUGGCUGGGCAGGCGGGCAAAGCCACAACGUGAAUCGCCUAGGACAUUUUAAGAACCGGCACGUGGGAAGGGAGCUGCGCGCCUGGUACUUGAAUGGAACUCUUGUCGGCGCGACCUGCUCGCGUGUGCCCCUGAAUUGCGAGGAAGCCCACGACGGGGGCGCCCACAGCAACGUCUGAACGGCACCCGCGUGGUUUGGAACCCGUGGAAACUACACGUGAAGCAUGCUGGCAACACAAGGGAAGGCUCUACCCAGCGCCUCCCCACCCCACGUGUCCAAAGGAACAUGCGGUGGGGCAUCCCCUUGCAAAAAGUGAGGACUGCCGCAGGUCUUUUGAGAAUAUUGUACAUAUGUAACAUAUUUUCCCCUCCUCCAAUAGGAUCGUGGAUUUGCAAUUUUGGACUUUUACAUAAGAGACUCUCUGCCGCUUGAGAGGAACAGAGCCCCUCAUGAAUAGACAUUCUGGGUGUUGCCCAGUGCGCCGGAAAAUGUGCCGCAACAUUGAGCAGUGAGCUUGAAGAUCCAAGUCUUGCAGUUUGGCUAGCCCAACAGAAUAGGAGAUACUGAAUAGUGUUUUGCUUUUUGUUUUCAAAUGAUGUGUUGAUUGGCCCAAUAAGUUGUGAUUUAUUUAUUUUUUAAGAGCUUUUAAUGUCAUCUGAUUCCCAUGUUCCGCAGAGGUUUGCAAUUGUGCCAUUUCCAGGUCACAGGCAAGAACAACUUUUUUUCCACAGUGGCAGCCGAAUCAUGAGACCGAAUUAAGGUCCCACCUCUUCAGGUGGCACUUUUGACCUGCAGUUUAGGGUUGGCAGCUUAGAGGAACUUGCCACCUGCUAGUUCAGCCUUCUGCAGCCAGGAUAGGGAGGGGGAGAUAGAGAAGAAGGCAGCUGAUCAGGGCUGGCAUAGGUUAGCCUCUCUGAUUUGGCACUAAGAUUGGCCCUUUCUUGCCAUUGUUUCUGCUGAGGGAAGUGCUGAGGUGGCAUUCCUGCUGUCUGCCCUCAGAAGUACUUGUUCUGACAGGUUUUACAGAGCUUUCCUCCUUGUGGGCUCUGUUCUGACAUUCUCAGUCCUUUAUGUAAGAGAAUGGCAGACGACAUGCUUUGCAUGCAAAAAGUCCCACGUAGGGCAGGAAUGAACCCUGUCAAAUUCUGGAGAGCUGCUUCCAUUCAGUGCAGACAGUAAUGAGCUAAAUGGACCGGAGAUUUGAUUCCCAUGUUUAGCAGCUGCCUGUGGUUUCUAAGAUCACCCAGGAAGCUUUGUGGCUGAGCUUGUAAUUUUUUUUUUAUUUUACCUUUUGCACCAGUGAUGGGGAACCAGUGACUCUCCAGGUGUCAUUAGGCACCAGCUCCCAUCACCCCUUGCCAUCCUGGCCGUUGUAGUCCAAUAACACCUGGAAGGUGGCAGCUUCCCCACCCUUGUCAGAUAGAAUUCCAUUAUAUCCACCCAAUAACUGGUGUGAGAUAAAGUUAGGCUGAGAGACAGUGACUGACUGAAUGUCACCUGGUGAGCUUCGUGUCUGAGUGAUGCUUUGAUCCCAGCUUUCCUCCAGUCAACUACAAUGCUAUAUCUUCUAAACACUGCACUGUCUUGGAGAUACCAAGAGCCAGUAGUAAUGUGCUGGUAUGUAGCGCCUCAUUUGGUUUUACGGACCACCUAGUGGCGCAGCAAUAAAACUGCUAGCCCAUUUGCAAAGCUAAGUCCGGUAUGGUUUCAGAUUGGAUGAUGGCAUUCCUGCAUUGCAGGAGAUUGGACAAGAUGACCCUUAGAGUCCUUCCAGCUCUACAAUUAUAUGAUUGUAUGUUACUUUAUUCUGGCAGUGAAUAAUUGCACUUGACAAACAGCUGCCUAGUUUUCAAAGCUGGCAAGUUUUACACAACGGGUUGGGCCAACGACAUACCAUUUUUACUUCCUGUGUGUCUCCUUAUCACUGCGUAGGCAGUGUAUAGUACAUUUCAAAUGUAUAACAGUUCCAUUUUUUACCAUACAUUACGUAUGAAAGUGGUUUGCUUUCCCCGUCAGUAAUGUUUCAUAACGUGCAGGUAAUGGACAAUCGUCAUCACGCCGCACGAUGCAUGUAUUAUGCAGUGUUGCUCGCUAGGCUACUGUAUCAUGUUACAACACCAACAUGUCAUGCUGCAUAUGAAAUGUACAGUGUAUAUAGUGCAUAUUGCAUAUAUAGCAUUAGCAUAGUUUGUAGUGCAUAUUGCAUAAUGAACAAGAAUGCCUUCUGAAUAAUGCACGGUAGUGCUUUGCAUGUAUAAUGCAUUUAAAUAUCCCAGGAUGUGGGAUUUCUUGAUAACCUAUAACCAAAUAUCUCAGUUCAUAACUUAGUUAAGUGUAUUUUGAUUUAAGCAUAUUUAGAUGCAGUCAUAAAAAUGUGUCAUUUAAAAAGUCGGUUUCAUUAAAAUAAUUAGGAUACUAUUGAUUCCACUGAUUUCAGUCAAAGAUUGCAAAUAUAUUUGGGAUCAAAGCCUAUAUUGAUUGAAAUCUGAACUCUUAAAUGGACUGUUGAUUCAUUGGUGAUGCUUAAAGAAUUAGUAGCAUUAAGUAUUUCAAUAUUAAUAUUUAAUACAUUUAAAGCCUGGUUCUCAUUGAGAUGAUAAACCUUUAUCUGGUCCGUUCCACAUCAUACUGCUGGUGAGGUCUCAUAUGAUGCAACCAUGUACCAUAAAUCAGUCAAUCCCUGCACAUAGGAAGGUGGCAUGUUUGGAAGAAGGCAAGGUUAGGACCCUUCUUCCCUGGCACAUAUUUUGUUUUGUAUGGAGAAGCAUUCCUUACCUGCAGUAGAGAAGUGGUACGUUCUAGGUACAAGUUUUAACACUUCAGUGACAAUUAGUCCUGCUUAUUAAAUUAAGCAAUCCUUUUUGUAAGUAGGAGAAAUUUAUAUUUUUCUAACUUAGGAAAAAAAUUAAAUACUCAUUUUAGACAUG